AUGCCUGCAGUUGUAGCGACAACCUUCUUAUUCUUGAGUUUCUCGAUGGCCAUAGUUGGGGGAAUAAUUUCCUAUUGUAGUGGCAUCGGGCACAACAGCGGUAAGGCAUGUGACGACCUAAAGUCUCGACUCUCUGUUUUGGAAAGAGAGAAGGUAGAGGUCAUCCUUGGUGCCCAGGAACGAGAAAUGUUCCUUGGGAAUGAAACUGCUUAUUGGAAGGAUAAGUCGAGCAGCCUGGAAAUACAACUCGCAUUAUCAAGACGAGAAAACGAGGCUCUGGUCCACACGAACGAAGUGAACGAAAUGAAAUGGAAUGGGAAACUCACUGAAAGAGAUGAGCAGUUACGGAAAUUGAAAGAAGUAGCGGACGAAAAGACUAAAGUGAAGGACCAGAGUUUGGCUGCCCUGAGAAAGAAAUUAUCAGAGACUAACAACAUGUUGACCAGAGAACGAGACAAUGGCCGGUUGAUGAGGGAUUCAUUACUCGAGAAGCAGCGGGACAUUGAAGCUCUUCGCCAGUCUAUGGGCUGUAGUCACCAGGUUGAGGUUCUUGCCAUUGGCAAGGAGAGGGAAGAAUUAAAUAAAGAAAAAGAGCUGUUCAAGGCAAAAGAGAAAAGCUUUGGAGGGAAAGUAUCAGAAUUAGAGACAGAAAAGAGGCAACUGCUGCUGCAACUUCGAAGGUUUCAAAAAGACGAAGCAAUGAACAAAUUAAGUCAUUUGGGAAGUAACGAAAAGUUAAUGAAAGAGAAUUUAGACUGUCAAAGAAGACUGGAAGAAAAAGACAGGAGGAUUGAACAGUUAGAAAGCGUAGCAAAGGCUGCGUCCGAAGCGACGAAAAGAAAUGCUCAGCUCGCUGACGAAAUGAACGAAACGCUGAAGAUGAUAGAAGAUGUUAAACAUUCCUUGACACUCGAGAGGACCAAAUACGAAGAAAUGAGAAUGGAAGAAGGUCAUGCGAUGCAUGAGAGGGAAAUGAGUUUGUCAAAAAGUCUGAAGGCAAACAUGGAGUUACAAGAGUAUCUUCAGCGAGAAAAGGGAGAGCUUGCUGCCCAGAGGAUGGCCUGCGAAGUGCAGCUACAGAAGGCCAUGGAAAUAUUACGACAAGAGAAGAGUAAGCAGCAGGCGGCUUUGUCAGGGCAAGCUGCCACUCUGAAUUCGAAAAAGUUAGACUUUGAAGAGGAAAAAAGUAAAAUGGAAGCAGCCAAGCGUGCGCUGGAAAAAAAGGUACGUCGAGAGAUGUCCUGCAUUGAGCAGCAUCAAAAAUCUUGCGACGAGCAGAUGGAAGCUUUUUUCACUGCUAAAGGGAAGGCAACGGGUGCAUUGCUAGACAGAGAACAUACUAUAUCUGAGAAAGAGCAGAGCGUGAGCAUGAUGCAACAGGCGGUUCUUAUAGGGAUGACUGCAAAUGCAGUUAGGAGAGAGCAACUGGAGCUUGCGACAGGUCAGCUGUACUGUGCAGAGGAAUGCCUCAGACAGAGAGAGCAGAUGGUGGCCAUGGAAUUGAAUAAAGCAGCAAAAAUCAAGGCAGAGGCAGAGAGCAUGAUCACAUCCCUCCAGGAACAACUUCAACUUCUUCUGCGAGAAAACGCCUCUUUGACGGCAGAUAAGACGGCACUGAAGGAAGCAGCUCAAGCGAAAGCAGAGGCAGAGAAAGAAGAGAAGGAAACAGAAGUCAUUCAAUUACAAGAGGUAAAUUUGAACUUGAAUGAAUAUCUUCAGUCUCUCAGGCAAGAAGUGGCUACGUACAAGUCCGAAAAUGCGGCAGCCGCUGAGAUGAUGUCCAACCUACGGAAGGAGAGAGAUAAUUUGAAUAAAACAAUUGACGAAGUUUGCGAAGAGCGCGACAAACUGCUAAAACGGUGCGAAGAGCUUCAUACGAAGAAACUGAUUUUGGGAGCCCUAUCUAUUGAAUGGGAACACGAACAAGAAGUGUUGGAACGUAAGCUUAAAACGGCUGAGGACGAAAAGAAGACUUUAUCAGAUCAGAUUUUACUGGUCACUGAGGAGAAACGGCAGCUUCAUCUGGAACUGUCCCGUACCAAGAAAGAGCUUCUCUCCUUGAAGGACGAGGGCCACCAAGUGGUAAAUUUGGAUAGAAAGGGAGGCCUUCCUGAGGAAGAGAAGGAGAAGGAGGAGGAGAUUCAGGAAGAAGUUGAUCUCCUGCAAUUUCAGCUGAAGGACCAGGCGGAAAAUACUGAUUAUGAACCUCCUCGUAAAAGGAAGAAGCUGAAUUCGAGAUGCUGGACAGCCACCUUGGACGAUGAUCUAACCGAACUGUUCCACAAAAGUGAGUCCCUCAAAAGUGAGUCCACCGACUUCGAGAAAAGUUCAGGAGACGCAGAAGAAAGCGACGACAGUGAAGAUCAAGAAGAGGGUUCAGCUGAAAGCGACGGCGGUGCAAAAGAAGAAACAGCAGCAGAUGCUUCCACAACCGACGUUCCGAAAAGGAAGUUCAAGCUGAAAAGAAAUAAUUUUUAA